AUGCCCAAAGACAUCCUUGCAUUUAGCGAGGAAGAUUUUAAGACAUUGACUCAACCACAUAACGAUGCGCUGGUAAUUUCAUUUCUCUUGAAUAAUGUUCAAAUUAAACGUGUACUCGUGGAUCCAGGUAGCUCGGCCAACGUGAUCAGGUCAAAUGUGGUAGAACAACUCAAGUUGCUCGAUCAGAUCAUGCCUACCUCCCGAGUCCUCAACGACUUCAACAUGGCCGGCGAAGCUACGAAGUGGGUGAUCACCCUCCCGAUCAACAUCUCCGAGCCAGUUCAGGACACCAAAUUCCAUAUCAUCGACGGUGACAUAAGGUACAAGGCAUUUCUUGGGAGGCCAUGGAUAUACAGCAUGAGGGCAGUACCGUCAACUCUGCAUCAGAUGAUGAAGUUUCCAACAAAGGACGGUAAGAAAAGGUAUACAGAGAACAGCAUGCAGCAAAAGAAAUGUUCGCGAUCUACUGGGAAACGUCAGAUUCUAUACACUUUACCUCAGAAGAGCCGAGAGACAAACAUACCCCUGAAGAUGAAGAAGAAGAUUUCCUCGCUCCCCGAACCUUCGUUUCCCCCAGAGAGCCGGAUGCAACAAAGUCGACUAUUGAAGAACUAG